UUAAAAACAUGGCGAUGCACAUGAAGUCCACAUUGUUGACUUGCUCAAGAUUAAUUUGCCUCAAAAGAAUAACUGUAGUUUCACAUGUGUUGCUACACAACGGUUCCUCUGGCAAAAACUUUAAGUCACAGUGGACAGACACCUCAGACGGCUCGAUGAUUGUAUGUUAUCAUCCUGCAGAUGAUUUUCCUUACGAACACACAAAGCCAAUUAUACGGAAAGACCCAGUGAAGCCUGACACACUGCACUCUACUGAGAGUAUACUGAAGAAUAAACUUCAAUUUGAUCAUUAUGCAAUGGAGAAGAGAGGACCCAGUAUAUCUGAUUUAAGCCAGAUGUUUUUUACAACCAAACACAGAUGGUAUCCUGUUGGAAUUAGGAGGAGAAGCCUGAAAAACCCAAAUCCACCAAGAGAUCGGGACUAUCUCUGAUUGAGAUCAACUUCUUGACUAAUUGUGUUAGUUUUAUCAGAAAGAAAUGCAGUAGCCCUUUAUUUUAGUUUGAAUGUACCUUUUACAGAAAAUGACAACACAUAUCAUUAAAAAAUACCCUUUGAUGCUCUAUAUAUCAAGUCGCAUUAUGAGGCUUAGGGACUGGAGUUGUUAGUUGUAAUAAAAGAUUCUGGUGUUUUAGUAGAAUGUGAGGGCUGGAGACAGUACUGCUAUACCUCAUUGGUACCCACAGCUUAUGUAACAUGUUUUGAGAAAAUUAUGAGGCGUAGGUCAUAUAAAAUGUUGUAGCCAUGAUCAGACAAAAGUUCAGAACGUUAAAUUAAUGUGCAAAGUACUAUUGACAUAGCUCAUACAAAAUGGAGAUGUGUCUAAAAUUUGAAAUGGAUUGGUGGCAGUUGAAUAUGCUGCCUAUACAAAUAGGAAAAUAGUCAUUUGGACUCUUGUAUAAAGUGGCGUAUGAGGAGUGGUGCCAGGAUUUGCCAAUCAGGGUCCACUGUGUAUUGACCCUUGACUGGAGGAGACGGGGUGGGCGUUGCUCAAAAUAUUUCCCAAAAAUGGUCCAGGGGUCGCGGCCUCUCAAAAAUUUGACAAUUUAGGGAUUUCAAAGGCUUAUUUAAUCAGUUUUAGAGUAUAUAGUAUAAUUAUGUACAAAAUAAAUUUUUUCUCCCUGACAAAUAGUGAAUUUUCUCCCCGACCGGGUUGGGGGGGGGGGUGCAAUUCUCUCAGACACUAGGCUCCCGGCGCCACCCCUGUUAUAUUACUGAAUAGCUACAAAUUUGGUAGCUAAUAAAAGACUUGGGUACUGUAUAUAGUAUAGAACUAGUGUGUAGGAACCAGGAACUGAAUAAAUAAAACAGAAAAUAUUUUAACUCUGA